UAAUCCCACACAUAAAAAAAUAAUAUUGUAUUUCCAUCAGACAAUAACAAAAAUAAACAAUGAAGACGACAAUGGUUUUACUCUUACUGGGCUUUAUGCUUCUAGUUAAUUGUGAUGACGGGGAGGUCGUCGUUGAGAAGGAGGUCGAGGCUGGGAACAAGACCGAGGAUGAAACCUCGGGGGUUUUGCCUUCAGAAUGCUUCCUAUGCAACUGUCCCAAGAUAUAUGCUGCAAAGUGCGGAAGUGAUGGUAAAACUUAUCAGAAUGAAUGUAUGAUGGAAUGCGCUAAGGAGAAAUGUCCAGAUUUGACCAGAGAUCUUAGUUUAGACGCAAGGAACAUCAGGAGUGGUCCUUGCUAGAUCUGCAUUCCCUUUAUUUCAAUCUUGCUUUAUCAAUCCUUACAUUACCACAUUUCUAAACCAAUCCCUUUAUUGCCACAUAACCAAACCAAUCCUUACAUUGCCACAUUUUUAAACCAAUCCCUACAUUGCCAAAAUAACUAAACCAAUCCCUACAUUGCCAAAAUAACUAAACCAAUCACUACAUUGCAAUAUUUUUAAACCAAUCCCUACAUUACCACAUAACUAAACCAAUCCCUACAUUGCCACAUUUUUAAACCAAUCCCUAAAUUUCCACAUUUCUAAACCAAUCCCUAAAUUGCCACAUUCUAAACAAAUACCUACAUUGCCACAUUUUUAAACCAAUCCCUCCAUUACCACAUAACUAAGCCAAUCCCUACAUUGCCACAUUUCUAAACCAAUCCCUACAUUGCCAUAUAACUAAACCAAUCCCUACAUUGCCACAUUUCUAAAUCAAUCCCUUAAUUGCCACAUUUCUAAACCAAUCCCUUAAUUGCCACAUUUCUAAACCAAUCCCUUUAUUGCCACAUAACUAAACCAAUCCCUUAAUUGCCACAUUUCUAAACCAAUCCCUAAAUUGCCACAUUUCUAAACCAAUCCCUUUAUUGCCACACAACUAAACCAACCCCUUUAUUACCACAUUUCUAAACGAAUCCCUUUAUUGCCCCUUGAUAAAACAAAAUUGCAAUUAUUUUCUACUUAUUUAUUACUGUUUUAUAUAUUUUUAUAAAUUGGUUGAUUACAAUAAAAGCUAUUAUAAUCUG